AUGAAAUUAAAAAUAAUUUCCCUUUCUUUUCUCUUCAGUUCUCUCACUACUUUGCCGACUUUGUCUCCGUCUGUCUCCUUUGCCGACUUUGUCUCCGUCUGUCUCCUUUGCCGACUUUGUCUCCGUCUGUCUCCUUUGCCGACUUUGUCUCCGUCUGUCUCCUUUGCCGACUUUGUCUCCGUCUGUCUCCUUUGCCGACUUUGUCUCCGUCUGUCUCCUUUGCCGACUUUGUCUCCUUUGCCGACUUUGUCUCCUUUGCCGACUUUGUCUCCUUUGCCGACUUUGUCUCCGUCUGUCUCCUUUGCCGACUUUGUCUCCGUCUGUCUCCUUUGCCGACUUUGUCUCCGUCUGUCUCCUUUGCCGACUUUGUCUCCGUCUGUCUCCUUUGCCGACUUUGUCUCCGUCUGUCUCCUUUGCCGACUUUGUCCGGAUCUGCCUACGUGGGUAUCCAAUGUCUAUCUCCCCACCCCCGUCUCUUUUUUCUUUCUUUCUCCCCACUCUCUGGCUUUCUCUGUCUCUCUCCCUUGCUCUUUGACCUACUCCCCCUUGCUCUCUCCCUCUUUCUGCCUCCUUCUGGCUUUCUUCCUCCCGCCCUCUCUCUCUCUCUCUAUUUCUGGCUUUCUUCCUCCCGCCCUCUCUCUCUCUCUCUCUAUUUCUGGCUCCCUCUUUCUCUCUCUCCGCUUUCUUCCUCCCGCCUCUCUCUCUCUCUCUAUUUCUGGCUUUCUUCUCCCUCUCUCUCUCUCUCUCUCUAUUUCUGGCUUUCUUCCUCCGCCCUCUCUCUCUCUCUCUCUCUCUAUUUCUGGCUUUCUCUCCCGCCCCCUUCUCUCUCUCUUUCUUUCACCUCUCUCUCUCUCUCUCUCUCUAUUUCUGGCUUUCUUCCUCCCGCCCUCUCUCUCUCUCUCUAUUUCUGGCUUUCUUCCUCCCGCCCUCUCUCUCUCUCUCUCUCUAUUUCUGGCUUUCUUCCUCCCGCCCUCUCUCUCUCUCUCUAUUUCUGGCUUUUUCCUCCGCCCUUCUCUCUCUCUCUAUUUCCCUCCUCUCUCUCUCUCUCUCUAUUUCUGGCUUUCUUUCUCUCCUCUCUAUUUCUGGCUUUCUUCCUCUCUCUCUCUCUCUCUCUAUUUCUGGCUUUCUUCCUCCUCUCCUAUUUCUAGCUUUCUCUCUCUCUCUCUCUCUGGCUUUCUUCCUCCUCUCUCUCUCUCUCUAUUUCUGGCUUUCUUCCUCCUCUCUCUCUAUUUCUCUUUCUUCUCUCUCUCUCUCUCUCUAUCUCUCUCUCUCUCUCUCUCUCUCUCUCUCUAUCUCAGCUAUGGAAGUCUCUAA